GCUUCACGCAACAUCCAGUCCCAUAUCUUAACGGCUUACUAAUCGAUAUCCUAGUACAUGUAUGAAGAGCUCGACAUUAACAAAGAUAAAAAUGCAGAGCAGUAAGAAAUAUAAAACACAGAUUGAAGACAAAGACAUUCCCCCGACAAAGGAAACAACGCCCGCACCCUGUGACGAGUCAGAUGUGAGUCAUCAGAGGGCUGAAAAGUCCAUCCUUGUCCUGAGAUCAAAGUUAAACGAUGUCUUUUUGCGCCAGGAAGAGACCCUUGUUAAACUGAAGACGAUGUGUUUGGAAAUUGGAAAUUCUCUCGGUGGACCUCUACGCUGGAGACAGAAAGAAUACAUGGAAAACGUGAAAAGAUAUCUCUCAAACAAGGAAGGAGAGAGUUGUAUUGACGUUGCCUUCAUGUCGUUCAAUUGACUGAAUGUCACAUGCCUUAAAUCAACACUCCAUUAGAAAUACGGCCAAAUAUGUGUGCAAUACGAAAUUUAAAGGACGAGCUAAAAUUACUAAUGCAUUUUCCACUAACAACAAUGGAUCCUGAGCUUCAAAAAAAAGUGGAAGCGUUCACUCCCCGCCCUCAAGGAUUUUUUUUAAUGUUUGGGUAUUUUAUAUAAUAUAAGUUCUGCCGUGAGUUUCAAAGACUGCGUCCACUCUAAGAAUAUAGAUGCAUGAUGUGAACUGAAUAUCAGACUUUGUUUUCUUCUAGCCGACAUUCUGCACUGGAUGAUUUACUCUCCAAACAAUCAACGUAGGCCCCUUAUCGGGCAUCUGUGGACCCUACCUCUUUGGUGUAUAGCGGUUAAGAAUUAGGAAAGUUUUUCACAAUAGUACAUCAAUCUAUUUUGUUUUCUUUAUGUUUUUCUCUUCUCGUGUGAGAUUGGGAAGUAAAUCGUUUGUUUAAGGAUAUUGUAACCGUUUAUUGUCGUCCAAAUAUCGAAAAUAAUUUGUAUCUGAUAUCUAUCUGUUCAAUAAUGCAACUAUCUUUGUGCUGAUUUAAAACGAUGAAAAAAACCUGAAUAUAUAAAAUAUCGGUGUUUAUAUUUUUCGUUGUAA